AUGAUGAAAAAGGCCAUCAAACAAUUUUCCUGUAAUAUUCAUAACAAUAACAACAACAAAACUAGAAAGGAAGCACUCUCCAUCCUCUCUAGAAAACACAAUUAUUUAAAUAAUAAUCAACAAAGAAAUACAUCUUUCGGACAAGAACAAAUUAAAUGUUUUUCAUCAAGCCUUUUAUCUUUAACAUCAUCUAAUAGUAAUACAACAACAUCAACAACAGCAACAACUCAAGCAAGUUCUAAAUUUCCAACUCGUCCAGUUCCUGCCGUAUCUGUUACUCUAUUAAAAUUAAUAACAAGAGGUUCCGAAGUGGAUGGAUUUAAAGUUUUAAUGAUUAGGAGAGGAAAGGCUCCUGGAAAGGAUUUGUUGGCUCUUCCUGGUGGACAUUUAAAUCUCGGAGAACGAAUGAUUGAAGGAGCAAAGAGAGAAUUGCAAGAGGAGACUGGAAUUAAUGCUGAUUUAAUUCAUUUCACUAAUGCUCCACUCUUAACUGUUGAAUCAAUUUAUUAUCAUCAGGAGGGAGAUGAUGGGAAUGAGACAACUUCUCACAAUGAAGAGGAGGAUAUUAGAACUAUGAAGAUUUCAACAAAAUCGAAUGAAAUUAAUUUUAGAAAGGAACUUGGUGAGGAGUUGACUAGAAGAAAGAGAGAAGGAGAUGAUUCUAUUCAAAUUCAAUAUCAUUUCAUUAUUUCAAGUGUUUUGGGUAUUGUUCCACCAGAAUUAAAUCAUCAAAUUGAAGGAGAACCUUCAGAUGAUGCUUCACAAAUUCAAUGGAUUAAAAUUAUGAAAAAUGGAAAGAGUAGAAAUUCUGUGGAAUUGGAUGAAGAGGGAUGUAUUACUACUCACAUGAGUGAAUGGAUGGAUGAAAGAAAUCAUAGAGGAUUGUGUGAAAAGUUAAAGACUAUUUACACUAUGCCAAUUGUUGUACGUCAUGCUAUUAUGAGACUCAUUUCUUGUUAUCCAGAAAUUCAAUCGCAAGCUCUUGUUACACCAACAGAUUUAUCCCUCUUGUAUCAAUUGAAUGACAUGAUGGUAUUCUAUCCAAUAAGAGAUAAGGUUUUGGAAUUUUGGUUCCAAGGUGACAUGGCUCCUCAACAAUGGUGGUUCAAGUCAAGUCCAACCAUUGAUCAAGGUAUUAAGAAAUUAUUCGAAUCUCAUGUUGCUGCUCUUUCCAAUAAGCUUGAACUUCUCUUUGAAAAGUCAUUCGAAGAAAUUGAUGCAGUUUUGAAGAAGCAAUCUAAGGAAACCUUGUUAUCUGCCAUGAUCAUGUUGGAUCAAUUCCCAAGAAAUAUGUACAGAAAUAGUGCAAAGAGUUUUGCUUUUGAUGAUGUUGCUGUCAAGCUUUCAUUAUGGUGUAUUGAAAACCAAAUUGACCAACAAUUUGAAUUCCCAUUACAAAAGAUCUGGUUCUACUUCCCAUUAGAACACGCUGAAGAUGCAGAAUUACAAGACAUGUCAUGCGAACUUUUUGGUAAACUCGUUGAAGAACAUGAAGCUAUGGCUCUUUUCAAUAAGUAUGCUAUUAACCACAGAGAAGUCAUUCAAAAGUUUGGAAGAUUCCCAUAUAGAAAUAAGGCCUUAGGAAGAGAAAGUACUCCAGAAGAAAUUGAAUAUCUAGAAAGUCAAUAA